AUCCAUCCAAUUCUCAGUGCCGCACGAUCGCCCCGUCCCCUUACGUCGUCUUCCUCGAAAUUUCUGCGCACCCUCCGAUCGGGCCCCACCUCUCUCUCUCUCUCUCUCUCUCUUAAAUUCUCUCUUAAGUUCUGCUCCACUCCACUCCACUCUACUCCAGUGCCUCCUCCGUCCUCUGCUCCCGCCGUCGACCCACGAAUCAAGGAACCAACGCGCCGGUCCUCCGAUGGCGGCACCGCCGCCGGCGAGCCUCGAGCUCCGGCCCCUCGGCGGCACGGGGCUGAAGGUGAGCUGCGUCGGCUUCGGCGCGUCCCCUCUCGGCAGGGUCUUCGGCCCCGUCUCCGAGGACGAGGCCGUCGCCUCCGUCCGCGAAGCUUUCCGCCUCGGCAUCAACUUGUUCGACACCUCCCCGUAUUAUGGAGGAACGUUGUCGGAGAAGAUGCUGGGGAUGGCACUUAAAGCUUCAGGUGUACCAAGAGAUCAGUAUAUUGUAUCAACGAAAUGUGGACGUUAUAAAGAGGGCUUUGACUUUAGUGCUGAGAGAGUGACAAGGAGCAUUGACGAGAUUGAAAGAUUGCAACUUGAUUAUGUAGAUAUACUUCAGUGCCACGAUAUCGAAUUUGGCUCCCUGGAUCAGAUUGUCAAUGAGACUAUUCCUGCACUUCUGAAACUGAAGGAAACUGGAAAGAUCCGUUUCAUUGGCAUUACUGGACUACCAUUGGGGAUCUUCACAUAUGUGCUUGAUCGUGUGCCACCAGGUUCAGUCGAUGUAGUCCUUUCUUACUGCCACUUCAGUAUCAACGACAAUAGCUUGGAAGAUUUGCUGCCAUACUUGAAGAGCAAAGGUGUCGGUAUAAUAAGUGCCUCUCCCCUAGCAAUGGGGCUUCUUACCGAGAGUGGUCCACCAGAGUGGCAUCCAGCUCCCCCUGAGCUAAAGUCUGCAUGUCAAGAUGCUGCGGCCUUUUGCCAGAAGAAAGGGAAGAACAUCUCAAAGUUAGCUAUGCAAUACAGUCUGACAAACAAGGACAUUUCUUCAGUGCUGGUUGGCAUGAACUGCGUCAAACAGGUCGAGGAGAAUGUCGCCGCUGCAGUGGAGCUGGCGUCUGCGGGAAUGGAUCAAGAGACGCUCGCCGAGGUUGAAGCCAUCCUCAAGCCGGUGAAGAACCUGACAUGGCCGAGCGGGAUCCAGCAGAGCUAAAAGUUCGUAUCGUUCUCGACGUUUGAUCUGUUUGUAUUGAUGUAUCCACUUAUCCCAUUUCCUGUCUUGAAUAAUUCGUCAUGAGAUGUGUUGCUUCAAAUUUGGGUUGUCACAUUCCAUAAGGACCAAGAGCUUUUCAGUGGAACUUAUUUCCCCCCUUCUUUCUUUGCUUUAAAUUGAGGGAUUGUAUCAGAUAAAAUACCAGAGGUGUUGAUAAUGCAAUUUUUUCUUUCCUUUUUUCUGUUUA